UUGUUUAGAAAUUUCAAUCGAUAUUGUGCUUUUGACACAAUCAUACGAAGAUCCUUCAAGAAAUCCUGUUUGAUUCAUAGGAACAAAGCUAUGGUGUGAUUUUUAAAUUCUACAAAAAAUUGCAAAAUGAUAUGUAGUACCACCCCUCGGAUUUGUUGUGAACUUAUUCGUCAUCCGCGCCCUUAGGGUAAAUACAAAUGUUUUUUUGCCCUCUGGAUUUAUCGUGGUGUAGCUAGUUGUAACCAAAAGUCGUAACCAACUUGUGCUCUGCUAGUGCUCUGUAGGUGCUUUAAAAGUGACAAGUGGUUGUUGAAAAGUCUGUUUAUUACUAGUUCUUUAAAGAAAAUGUAACGAUAAAUACUUCAAAGUCCCAGACGAGAUGCUUCUCAACUUUUGUCAUCCUUGUCUGAGACCAGAGAUCAGCUGUAGUACUAUAAGUACCGAAGAGUAUGAUGUGACAAAUCUUAUCUCUGGGUCAUCAAAAGGCUUUUUGGCAUACUCUUGCAUCAAACCACCGAUUAACAUUGACUUGAACUUCAUUUGCAAUGUACAAAUAAUUCGUGUAAUAAUUUGGCCCGCUGUUGGUUCACAAAAAUCCUCAGGAUUUCAGCUGCUAGCCAGAUCGACGAAUGAUCCCAAAGUGCCAUUCGCCACUCUUUCCUCUGCGUUUUUGAACAAUGAGUCCGGAGUGCUUUUCUACAGACGUGAUAUAAACGAAACAUUAACCUCCGUACCCCCUGGGUUCUUGGCACGUUAUAUAAAGAUCUCUGAUCAGCAAGCUGUCAACAGAGCAAGUUCGCUACGACUAUGUAUUGUGAAAACAGAAAACUCUGUUCCUGCAAUUGGAAGGAUAGAAGUUUGGGGAAGAGCUUCCCGAUGUUGUGGAAGAGAUGUAAUUGCUGAAGUCAAUGCUUUGUGGACACAGGAGCAUAGUCCUUGUAUUUCAGAAUCCAAGAAAUUUUCUGAGCCUCUCCCAAAAGAUAUCAAUGAUGAAAUCUUAGAAAAAAGUGAUUGCCCACUUGAAAUACCAGAGGAUUUUUUGGAUCCCAUUACAUGCGAGAUAAUGGUACAACCAAUUGUGUUGCCUAGUGGUAAAAUUGUAGAUCAUUUCACUUUAGAACGUCAUGAACAAAAUGAAGCUCUAUGGGGCCGCUCGCCUUCGGAUCCAUUUACCGGUAUUCCAUUUAGCGCUAAUUCUAGGCCUGCAGUAGCAACUGCCCUCAAAGUAAGAAUUGAUAAGUUUCUAAUAGAAAAUAGCAAUGAAGAUGAAAUAAAGAAACUACCGAGGUUGUUAGGCCGUAAAAAAUCUCAAUCUCAGGGACAAAGCCAACAAUUGGAUGUUGGAAAAGCGAUUCCAACAGUGGUUAAAUUAAAAUCCGAGUAUUUGUUAAAACGAAAGAUUCCACAUGCAAUAACGAAAAAUCAACAUAAACUGCCCAUUGGGCUAGCAUGUGCAAAGCAAUCCAGCAAAUUAGAUUUUAUACCAACAAAGCGAACCAAAUUUAGUGAUAUUGCAGUAGUAUCAGCUGACAAAGUUGAUGAUGAUAAUCCUGGAAAUAUAAGCAGUAAAAUUGAUAGUGAAUUGGAAUUUAACGUUAAAUCAGUGUUAUCGGGUCUGAAAAGGUUUAGUACCCCAGAAACGUGUGUUGUGCCAGAAGUACCAAAGACUUGUUCAUGUUGCACGAGCGACGAUAUAAAGUAUAAACUACCGUGCGAGCAUAUUGUUUGCCGGAAAGUUCUUACAUCAAUUAAGAUUUUAGAAUGUGAAUAUUGUGGUCAGCCUUACACGACGAACGAUCCUAAGAGGUUGCAUGAAUAGUUUGGCGAUUAACGUUCAUUUUUUUAUUUCACCUAAUCCAAAAUAUAUGCACAUGAGGAACAACGAAUUUGUCGUAAUAAAUAAUUAAUUAGAAAGUCCAUCAAAA